GGCAUUGGCGCGGUCGGCCCCGUUGCCCAGGCCACGCCCCCUCGCCGGCGCUUUCUAGGGUCCUUUCGUGCGCGUUGAUAUGAUUGGCCGGCGAAAGCUAGCUCUCUUUUCUUUGCCGGCUGCCUGAUCGUCUGCCGCCAUCAUGAACGACACAGUGACUAUCCGGACCAGGAAGUUCAUGACCAAUCGACUACUCCAGCGGAAACAAAUGGUCAUCGAUGUCCUUCACCCUGGAAAGGCAACAGUACCUAAGACAGAAAUUCGGGAAAAACUAGCCAAAAUGUACAAUACCACACCAGAUGUCAUCUUUGUGUUUGGAUUCAGAACCCAUUUUGGUGGUGGAAAGACUACUGGCUUCGGCAUGAUUUAUGAUUCCUUGGAUUAUGCAAAGAAAAAUGAACCUAAACACAGACUUGCAAGACAUGGCCUGUAUGAGAAGAAAAAGACCUCGAGAAAACAGCGCAAGGAGCGCAAGAACAGAAUGAAGAAAGUCAGGGGGACUGCAAAGGCCAACGUUGGUGCAGGCAAAAAGAAGUGAGCUGGAGAUUGGAUAACAGAAGGAAUAAAGAUUCUGCAGUGACUUGAUCUGCAAUGAUUGUGUGGAUUUUUCACCAGAGGAUUAAUAAACUAUAAAAACUUA